GUUUCGCAAACGGGAGGCAGAGAUGACUGCAUGACAAGGGUGGCUGGUGAGAUGAUGACAUAAGGAACCUGAGAAUGUGGCUGGAACUGGGGCUUGAAUUUCGGGCACCCACCAGCCACAUAUCAAACCACAGCUCCCACCAACCGCAACCACAAUUUCCACUUCUCACCAGCAACGCAACUCUCACGACGCUUCUUGGCUGUGAUGCAGCACCCACACACACCUCUUCUUCCUUCCCCUCCCCCCUUCGCAAGCCGGCACCUCACUCACACCUCGGAGCUUUUCAGCUGCAGCGCAACAUCAAACGUCUCUAUCCCUUGCCCGUCACCUUGUCCCCCGGCCUUUGCUAUGUUGUAUCGCAUGACGGCUCACGUUGCCCAGGCCUUGUCUCGUCGCCCGCAUUGCAGCCCUGUCUCGUUGCCAUUUGCUUUCUGUCUGACUCUGUCACGGAGUCAGGGUUGAACGCGACGUCUAGGAAUCCACCGCAAUCAAUCUGUGUAACACGGCGCAGACCACGUCAACAAACGCCCAUCACGUCGCCCAAGGGCCAAACAUUAUGCGUGUGUAUAUGUGUGUGUGUGUGUGUGUGUGUGUGUGUGUGCCAACCCAGGCACACAGUCAUCAGUCACCACACCCCAUCCGUCGUCCCCCAGCUCUGCUAUAUAAUAUGCUCCCUGCGGUUAUUAAUUUAGCACAUGUGUGAUUCGUCGGCUGCACCUGUCUCGACCUUGUCUCUUAUAGUCUCAUAUCGCUCGCGCUUGGACGAGACAAUUUGCUUUUUCCUCUUUGCUUCUUCGACGGCACACACACACGCACUUCACAUACUCUCUCACUCUCACGCCAUGUCACAAUGUACCCAUGCAGCGGUGAGCAGACAGCGGAGCGUCGGGACUUUUUUUCAUAUUCGUCAACCGCCCGUCACCCAUUCCAGCCGUUUUCGUGAAUCUUCAGAUUGUCUGAGCAAGGAAUCUCAGGUUUCUACCAACAGCGA